CCAUGCCCACGCUCGUGCUGUGCCUGCUGUGCGCCCUGGCAGUGGUGGCCCAGCCUGCCCUGGUGGCCCCCAUGAGCGGCUCGGAGCCGGCACAGCAGGAGGAGUUGACCCUGCUCUUUCACGGGGCCCUGCAGCUGAGCCAGGCUCUCAACGGCGUGUACAGGGCCACGGAGGCACAGCUGACAGAGGCCGGGCACAGCCUGAGCCUCUAUGGCCAGGCACUGGGGCUCCUGGGGCAGGAGGUCAGCCAGGGCCAGGAUGCAGCCCGGGAGCUACGUGCGAGCCUACUGGAGAUGCAGAUGGAAGAGGAUGGUCUCAAGCUGCAGGCAGAAGCCACAGCCCAGGCGCUGGGGGAAGUGGCCCAAGGACAGCAAGUGCUGUGGAAGAAAAUGAAGCGGAUGGAAGUCCAGCUGAGAGGCGCUUGGCUGGGUCAUGCCCGCCAAGAAUUUGAGGCCUUAAAGGUCCAUGCAGACCAGCAGAGCCACAUCAUGUGGGCCCUCGUGGGCCACGUGCAGCGACAGAGGCAGGAGAUGAUGGCACAGCAGCAGCGGCUGAGACAGAUUCAGGAGAGGGAGGAGCUGCCUGUCUGCUGAGGUCGGCCAGGGCGCUGGGCCCCAUUUCCGGCCAUGGAGCAGAGACGGAAGCAGGCAGGGACGCAGGCAGAGGACACGGACCGUCGAGGAGGGGUGGAGGAAGGACAUGCCCCUUCAUUCCUAUCCAUCCCCCAUUAAAGCCGAGCAGUGGCAUCUCA